AUGUGUCGUUGGUUCGCCUACAUAUCUCCUACAGAGCCAUGUCUCUUGUCCGACGUCCUUAUCACACCUGCGAACAGCAUCAGCAAGCAAUGUUCCGAGCACUACCUACCAGGGCUUCUACCUCAUAAGAAGGACAAGGACCUUGAUCAUACAUCCGAUGAACUUCUCCGCAUGCGCAACUCGUUGCUGAAUAUGGAUGGAUUAGGCAUUGCUUGGUACACUGAAGCCACCUCUUCCUACGUUAAGCACGUCACUGGCCCCCGUCCCGCCCUGUACAAAUCCCAAAGUCCGCCCAUCAAUGACUUCAACUUCAAAUCGCUGUGCGAAAACACAGAAACACGAUGCGUGUUCGCACACAUCCGCGCCAGCAGUGGCAGUGUUGUGACACAAGUCAAUUCGCAUCCGUUCGUAUUUGGCAGGCAUAUCUUCAUGCACAACGGUGUCAUUUCGAACUUCUCUGCCAUACGCCGCGACCUCACUGAUCUCCUGUCAUUCGACGCGUAUUGUAAUAUCCUAGGAUCUACGGACUCGGAACAUGCAGCGGCAUUGUACAUGACGAAUUUGACGAACCAUGGAGACAAGAAGAGUUGGGACAAACCAUAUUCGCUCAAAGCCAUGUUCGUGGCUAUGCGCAAGACCGUACUGCAGAUAUUGCAGCUCCAGCACGACAAAUUGGGCGAGACGAACACACCGAAUUCUCUCAACUUCUGCACGACAGACGGCACGAGACUUCUUGCCAUUCGCUUUCGCAAUCAUGCGUCGCAACAGCCGCCGAGUCUGUAUUGGUCCGAGUUUGCGGGUCGCACACUGAAUACGAAGUACCCGGGUCACCCCGAUAGCAAGGAUAUCGUGAAUGAAGAUUCAGUACUAGACGAAGGCGAGAAGAUUGGCAAGCACACGAUUGUCGCAUCCGAACCGACGACGUACGAUGAGAAAGAGUGGCAUCUGAUCUCCCGAAACCACGCUUUGCUCGUCGACGAAGACGGCGUGGAGAAAGAACUAGAGAUCGAAUACAAUGACGGACUAAACGCGCGAGACCCGAAGUUCGACGCACAAGCCUAG